CCCCUAUAUCGAUUUCGUCGCAGAAUAUAUCUCUCUCAGUCCGGAAUGCUUCAAAAAAGCGUCCUACAAUUGAUUCGAAAGUUCUUCUCUCAUCGACCCCAAAAAUCGAAAAUAUAAUACACAUUCAAUUCUUCUCAAUAUUUAGGCCGAAAUUCAACGGUUGUUUUUGUACGGUGUUCUAUGAUAUCCUCAUGUCAUUUAAUCUCAGGAAUCCAAAUCCGCAAGCUAAAUAAUUCUGUCUUCAGAAUUGAUCAAUCGAUUUAAAAAGAGAAAAUUCAAGGACAUACUGAUGAGAGUUAUCGCUAGCUCAAUUCAAUCGACGUACACGUGUACACAUGCAAAAUUACAGAAGAACAGCGCAUAGAAAUUAAUUUUGCAAAACCCAAAAAAAUCGCAAGUCUGUAGCAUUAGAUUUUCAUCAAGAUUCAGGACGAAAUUCAACUAUUUUCGAUGAACAGCUUUCUGUGAUAUUCUUCUAUAUUUUGAUCUGAGCCAAACUGAACUAUCCAUCGAAUUGUCAGAGUUGUCACGGAUUUGUAGCUUUGAAAGAUGACAAUUUCGAGAUAUCUGGAAAAUUUUGGUCCUAGCCCAAUCGAUACUUGAUUAUUUCUGCGGUCCAUCGCAUCAGCAAUUAUUCAGAUUAUUCCAAAAUCAUUUCCAUUUUUUGCUGUACACAUACACUUUCAAUCAUCUCAUUAUCAUUCGUCGAUAAGUCAGGGGUCUGAUAUGACGCCAAACCCGCUUUGAGGAAACAGAUUUCUACCCAGGGCCAACUGACUGGCUUUACCCAUCUUCAGUCAAUACUUCAAGCCGUAGCACGAAGGUUCCUCAGGUCAUAGCCUCGAUUCGCAUCAAGACGUCAACGUUGACGUAUGUGUUGACUGAGGAAUUUUCAGUCAACGACUCUGGUGAAGUUUCUUGACUAUCCGGUAAUUUCAAGUUGAACCAAGCUUAGGCGUAACAAAGUAAUCAAUUGCUACACAUAGUGGACUAAUUACUAAUUAUAAAGUCUAUAGUCAAAUGGAGAUAAGAUGAAAGAAUUAAACCAAAAUAAAGUAAUGUAACAGAAUACAGCGGAUCCAGUAACGAAAGACAACGGUAACAUAUACAAUACAAUAGAUCAGUACAGAUGAAGCAUAUACCGGGAUAAUUCGUGGAAACUGGCCAUUUUGAACGUCUGACUAGUGUGGAGUGGCCAGUUCCCAAAUUUGUAUCUGUAAGUUAGUUUGGAACAUGGUCAAUUAAGACCAUGAUACUUUCAGCUCACAAAAAAGAAUUCCUGAAAGCGCACAUACAAAUAACUGCUGUAUUUCAUGGAGCAUGGAUUUCAAGUCGAGGAACUGAGAAUUUGGAAUUAGAUGAUUCUUGAAAAACCUGAUUAGCUGAUCAUUGGAAUUUUGUGAAAAUGCCAAACAUAAAAUUCACUAGCGAGCAAAGAAAGGAGAUGGUCCGCCAAUAUUAUGGUGGAAUGAGUUAUCGGCAAAUUGCACGUCAUUUCGGGGCUGCUCCUGGGUCCGUGACUGGUAUAAUACAGAGAUUCAAUCAAACCGGAGAUAUAAAUCCAACAAUGAAGGGAAUGACUCAACCGAAGAGGCAUUUGUCCGAGGAUAUAAAACUUGCUGUUUGUCUCAAAGCACAAGAGGAUAGCCAGAAGCCGUUGUCUCAAAUUGCCGAAGAGUUGAAUAUAUCUAAGUCUUCGGUAUCUAAGAUUAUGAAACAAGCUAAGAAUAAAACCCCAAGGGUCAAGGAACCGUUGCCCGGGCAACUUCAGCCUAUGGACCAUAAGAAGAGACUCACCUUUUGCAAUGCAAUGUUGGAUCGAAUUAAGGUAGAUAGGAACUUGAUUCACAGAAUAUGUUUCACGGGCGAAUGCAAAUUGAUAAUGAAUCGGCAAUACAUUGAAGUAUUGACCGAAAAUAAUCCUGAACCCCAGUGUAAAUGUCAGCUCAACUUCUGGCUUGGGGUUUUAGAUGACCGAUUAAUAGGACCAAUCUUUUAUGAUAAUGAUCUGGAUGACAACCACUAUUUACAACUGCUGAAGACUCAGAUAGUUCCAGCCUUACGAGCUAUUGAAAGAAACGGUCCAGCUAUCUGGUACCAACAAGACACAAGGUUGGCUCUGUCCACUGUUCCCGUUCGACAUUACCUGGACAAGGAAUUCCCUGAUCGCUGGAUGGGCAAAUAUGGACCAAUCAAGUGGCCUAUGCGAUCACCUGACCUUUCACCGUUGGACUACGCAUUAUGGCCCAAUCUGAAGAACAUGCUUCAUGAUGGUAAACAAUUUGCAGACGCUUCUGCACUACAGCUGAGAGUAGAAGAAAUUUUCCGGGGUAUGGAUUCCCAAUGCCUCAGAAAUAUCACCAGUACAUUUCCUGAUCAUCUGUAUGAUUGCCGAGCAUCCCGUGGUCGUCUUCUUGAAUUUGAGUGAUGCUUGUCAUCAGGAAGUAAAGAAUAAUUAUAAAUUACCUGAUAAAUGUCUUUGUUCAAUUAAAUUCAUUAUUAACUACUAUUAGUUUGAUAGGGAUCAUAAAUCUAACUAUACUAAACACAUGAAGAAAAAUGUAAUUCACAUUCAUACUGAACUUUGAGAAUAAAAAAUUCUUCUAAAUGGAAA